CGAUCACUGCUGAGUGAAGCCAACGGAGAACACUAACUGGACUCACUGAAACCGAGCAAAAACAAUCGGCAGAAUGAUGAACAGUGCAGCAGUGUAUCCCCCUCCCUCCGCCCCUCCAGCCGACAUGUUCGGCACCGUUCCCGGCUAUGAAGGCACUGUGGCAGGAGGAGGAGGUUGCCUGCCCCCUCCUAUGCCCAUGGAGCCUGUAGCCCCGCCCCAGCCCGGCCCUGCACCUGAAGACUGGAGUGUCCCCUCUCUGUCAGAGGAUGUGGCUCAUGAGGCGUUCAAGAGCUUUGCGUCGUCUAACUGCUGCUGGAGCAAAAGUCCUGCCAAUGACGGAGUCAUCACCAGCAUGGAGCCAUUCAACACCUACAGGUACCGACUGGAGACGUUCACUGAGUCCAGGUCAACUGAGUGGGCCCACAAACCUCAUGAAGGUGAGCCUGCUGAUUUCUACACCCAGACCGCCCCCCGACCCUGGGAGAUCCAGGCCACGGCCCCAAGCCUCUUCACCAAUCACACAGAGGAGAUCCGCGUGCCCUACACCUCCUCCAUCAAGGAGUGCCACACCUGCCAUGCCUCAGGGACGAUGCAGUGUGUAGAGUGCCAUGGAAAUGGCUUUAAACCGUGCUGGGCGUGUGACGGCUCCGGGACAAAGAGCGGCGUAAACUGCUCCAGCUGUGAUUCUACAGGCAAAGACAGCUGUACAGAAUGCAAUUCACGGGGAUCGAAGGACUGUGAAACCUGUGAAGGAAAACGACAACUGCUGACCUACAUCCAGCUCAAAGUUGAGUGGACUGAUAAUGUGGAGGACCACGUGGUGCAGCAGAACUCGGGUAUUAAUGUUGAUGACCUUCGCUCGGUGACCGGGAAGGAGCUGUUCAAGAACAACCAAUACCUGCUCUACCCUCUGCUCGGGUUUCCAAACCCGGCCAUAGCCGAGGCGUCUGAGCGUCUGAUCAAAGACCACCAGAGUAAAUACGCCCAGACCUCCAGGAUCCUGCAGCAGAGGCAGAAGGUCGAGUUGAUCCCCAUCACUAAGGUGAACUAUAAGUGGAAAGGAGACUCCCACGUUUACUACGUCUACGGCAACGAGAACCAAGUCAGCGCAGACAAUUACCCCGCUACCUGCUGCUGUGUUAUCCAGUAGACAGAGACACACACACACACACACACACACACACACACACACACAGUAUCAUUUACUUUUUAAAUACAAUCCCUGCUCUCCUUGUUCUAAUAACCAUCAAACCUUGAUUUUUUUUUUGUUUGUUUUUUUAAAGAUUUUUUUGGGGCAUUUUGUGCCUUUAUUGUAGA